UCAAAAUCCCCUUUUAAUUCAUUUCAUCAUCUCCUCCAAAUUCAAUUCAAAUCAAUGGAUCCAAGAUCCGACGACGCCGUUUCUGGAUCCGAACCAAUCAAGAGACCUUCCAAGGACCGUCACACAAAGGUCGACGGUCGCGGCCGUCGAAUCCGGAUGCCCGCCUUAUGCGCCGCCCGGGUUUUCCAGCUAACCCGUGAAUUAGGUCACAAAUCAGAAGGAGAAACCAUCGAGUGGCUCCUUCAACAAGCUGAGCCGUCUAUCAUAGCCGCCACAGGAACCGGCACCAUACCCGCUAAUUUCUCCACCCUUAAUCUUCCCCUGCGCAGCGCCGGGUCUAAAUCAGCCCCGCUAUUCAUCCACGGAGGCGGUGGUUACGGCGAUGAUUACACGUCCAAACGGUAUCGAGAGCAAGAUCCGGAACCGAAAGCGGGUACUGCGGUACAGAUUCCGGGGUUUAUGGCGGCGCCGGCGGUUUGGGCAGGGAACGGGAGAAACGCGUUUUUGAUGCUUUCGAUGAAUGCGGGUGGGGCAGGGAUGGGUAUGGGGAUGGGAGCGGAUGAUGAACAUGAGAUGUGGAUGCAGCAGCAGCAGGGGCAGAGAAUUGGGUUUGGACCGGUUCAGAUGGUGGGUCAUCAUCCGGUUCAGCAGCUACCCGGAGGAGGAAGAGGAGAUGAUGAAGAAGAAGAUUCGAGAAUAGAUUUGAAUUUAAGGCAAAAUCAAUCUCAUUUUCACUAUCAAAAUCAAACUCAUCUUCAUCAUCAACAACCCAAUGAUGAUCGAAGCCCUACUACGGAUUCCCAAUGAUUUUCUUUUACUAGUGUUUUCAUAUUACAUUUAUGAGAGAUUUUGUUUUGCAUUCAUUCUGUUUUAUUGUAAGUAUAUCUAUUAAGGGUAAUCAUUCAAUUUGGGCUCUUUUUGUAUUUAAAUGUUUCAAAUGUAAUAACUAGACAUUGGUCAAUAAGACACUAAUCAACUU